AUGGGCGAGGCCAAGAUCGAAGCGCUGAAGAAGCGCAAACUCGUUGCGCCCACCAGCUUAACCGCCUUCAAGGUGGAAAAGACGGAGAAGUUCUCCGCGGGAGAUCAGAAGGCGGUUGCCGAUCUCACCGCAGAGAUGAUCACCAAGGGCACCUGGAGCAGCACGACCUUCAAGCCUUUCAACCUGACCAAUGCGAGUGGCGUGCCCAGCGCGGGCGGCCAUUUGCAUCCCCUGAACAAGGUGAAGACGGAGAUGCGCACGGUGUUGAUGCAGAUGGGCUUCGAAGAGAUGCCCACGAACCAGUGGGUUGAAAGCUCCUUCUGGAACUUCGACGCCUUGUUUCAACCGCAGCAGCAUCCGGCCCGCGAUGCGCAUGACACCUUCUUCAUGGAGGCACCCAGUAGGGCUCAGAAGAUCCCGGAGGACUACUUGGGGAGAGUGAAGGAGAUGCACGAGAAGGGCGGGAGUGGAUCCAUUGGUUGGCGCUACGACUGGAGUGAGGACGAGGCGAGGAAGACCCUCUUGCGGACUCACACCACCGCCGUCUCGGCCCGGAUGCUCUACAAGAUGGGGGAGGAGUACCGAAGGACCGGCGUCUUCCGACCGAAGAAGUACUUCUCCAUCGACCGGGUCUUCCGAAACGAGACCCUGGAUGCCACACACUUGGCGGAGUUCCACCAGAUCGAGGGCUUUGUGGCCGAUCGCAAUAUCGGCUUGCCGCAGCUCAUUGGAGUGCUCCGCGACUUCUUCGCGCGCAUCGGCAUCUCCAAAUUGCGCUUUAAGCCCGCCUACAAUCCCUACACCGAGCCUUCGAUGGAGAUCUUUGGCUUCCAUCCGAUCCUCAAGAAAUGGAUCGAGGUCGGCAACAGUGGUGUCUUUAGACCUGAAAUGUUGCUGCCGAUGGGUUUGCCGGAAGAUGUAACAGUCAUUGCCUGGGGUAUUGGAUGUGAGAGAUGGACAGCUUUGCUCUACAACAUCCGGCUCAUCAAGGAGCUGUUCAGCUUCCAGCAGGAUGUGGCGGCCACCAAGAAGAACCCCAUGUGUUGGUUACGGAGAGCCGAGGACAGACAUGGUUCUUUGGGGGUUCGGUGUUGUGGUGAAUGGCUGGACAAGAACAGAAAAACAAGGAUCAACAAGGCACGUCUUGGGCUGUUUGGCACGACUUGUUGGCUCAUUAGCCGUUGGAUGCCGUUGGGUUUUCAGCCUCUUGGCGCCGAAACGCAGACGAUUCGGGCGAGGGCGGAGGCAGGGAUGGCUUGGACCCUGCAGAUGAUCGCCAGGGUUUGGGUGUUUGAUCCCUGCACCCAGGGGCGGUCUUUGGGUUACGUCUUGGAGUAG